AUGGCCCUGUUCCUUCAACCAUGUUGUGCCAAUUUCCCUCCCAAAUUCCUGCAUGAUGGGAUCACCUCAGAAGCCGGUGGCGAAGUGGUUGUGAGACUCAAAGAGGGUUCUGAUACACCCCCCGGAACGAAGAUCCUGCAUCUGAGAGGGUUCGAUCGGGAUGGCGACCCUCUGACUUUUGGUGUUAAGGGCUCUCAGGCUGUGAUCCACGUGGAAAACGAGGAUAACAAUGAAGCAUCAGUAUUUAUCGUGACGGAAUUGGACGCGGAAAGCCAGACCGAGUAUCAACUCGUGCUAACCCUAACAGAUGGACACUUGGGGGUGGGUAAUUUCAUCACCCAGUCGUUAUUGAUCUUGGUGGAAGAUGUCAACGAUAAUCCUCCCAUCUUCCAACCCUACUCCAAUACAAUCACCGUAGAGGAACAUUCGGGGACUAAAAUCAUUGGCGUGGUGGAGGCCAUCGAUCGAGAUUCAGGGAUCUUUGGUCAAGUGAUCUAUGAGCUCCGGGAACAGGAUGGCUUCGACGAGCCUUUCAAGAUUCAGACCGCCGACGGCAAAGGCAUUUUAACCCUCGUCGAGGAUCUCGACUAUGAGACACGGCCAGUGUAUCAACUGGAGAUUUUGGCCCGAGAUCGGGCCAAUUUCGGUCAAGCCAACACAGCCACUGCUGCCAUUCUCAUCAAAGUCAAGGACAUUGCGGAUCAACCCCCUGAGUUUGUGACUGUUCCUUCGGUAACAAGAGUGUCCGAGGAUGUUCCCAAAUUCGACGAGGUUCUGCGUGUUCGUGCCGUGGAUGGAGAUCGGGAUAUUGGAAAUCCCAUCGUUUACUCCAUCGUGUCCGGACCGUCUGACAUUUUUGCCAUUAACCCAGACACGGGCAUCGUGUACACCCAAGUGGCCUUGGAUAGGGAGAGUCCGAGAUCCAGCAAUGGAGCCUUCAUCCUGGGGAUCGAGGCCAGCGAAAUUGGCGGCAUUGAGGAACCCUCAGUCCUGACUGAAGUGACCAUUAUCAUAGAGGACGUAAACGACGAAUCACCCGAGUUCCGAAGUUCUAACUACAUGGCCGAGAUUGGAGAAAACUCUCCCAAAGGGUCUAUGGUCAAUUUCUUGGACUCGAGUGCCAUUCCAGAGGUCUUUGACCACGACCAGGGCACCAACGGAACUUUCAAUCUCUCAAUUGAAGGCGACGGGGGCAUUUUUGAGGUGACUCCGAAACAAGGGAUUAAUGAAGCCUCGUUUAUGAUUCGAGUCAAAGAUCCAUCACAAUUGGACUUUGAAAAAGUGAAAGUCAUCAAUUUUACCUUGGUGGCCACGGAGAUCGUAGAGGCUGAUCCUCAUCAAAAUCGGGCCAGUGUGACAAUCCACAUCAGAGAUGUCAACGACAACUACCCCGCUUUCAACGAGGAUACUUACGAGGUGGAAAUCCCGGAAAAUAUCGAUCAGGGAUCAACCAUAGCCUGGAUCCGGGCUACUGAUCAAGACUCGGGAUCCUUUGGAACAUCGGGGAUUCGUUACACGAGAUUAAGUGGUCCAUUGGCCAAGCACUUGGAUCUGAACCCCCAGUCAGGAAUCAUAACCCUGGGCGACUUUGGUGAAGAUGCCAAUGGAAACCUUCUACCCUCGCCAUUUGACCGAGAAAAGACCGAAACUCAUUAUCUAACGGUGGAAGCGCGGGAUGAUGAAGGUUCGGGCAAUCGCAAUGCUGUCGAGCUCACCAUAUCGCUCCUGGAUGUCAAUGACCAUCCGCCCCGAUUCCUCCAAGAUUUCUAUCAGGCCCAGCUUCCGGAGAAUAGCAAUGGGUUCAGCGUGCCGUUCUUCCUUCAAGCCUUCGAUAACGAUCAGAAUGGAACGGAAAAUGCUCAAAUUCGCUAUCGAAUCGUCAAGGGCGAUGCAGGGGGAAAUUUUUCUAUUGAUUCGAUCACGGGUGAGGUUCGACCAAGUGGUCUCAUUGACUAUGAGCUGAUGAGAGAGCACGAAACUGGCGAGCGAUACUUCAAGCUCCUGGUCAGGGCAUACGAUCUUGGGAAUCCCCCUUUGUUCUCGGAUGUGCCUCUACAAAUCUUUGUGAGCGAUCAAAACGACAAUGCACCCAUAUUUGAGCAGUCUCUUUAUCGUAUUAAUGUCGACGAAGAUAUCCAAGGCGGAACCAAAAUUACAGAGGUGAAAGCUAGAGAUCGAGAUGGGAGCUCACCCAACAAUUUGGUGAUCUACCGAAUCAUCACUGGCGCCAAAGAUAAGUUCGUGGUCGAUUCGGAAACCGGGGUGAUCUCUGUGAGUUUAGGGGCCAAUUUGGACCCAGAUUUGACGUCCCCUCGGACGCAUUUCUAUUUCCUGGAGAUUGCGGCCUUGGACGGCGGGUUCGGUUCGAAUCAGCUCUCCUCCAUCGCUGAAGUCAACGUCACGAUCACGGAUGUGAACAACAAAAACCCUUAUUUUGAACAACCCGAAGCGGUCAAUAUCAUGGAGAACUCCAAUCCAGGAGCUUUUGUGACCCGUGUGGUGGCCCUGGAUCCUGAUACAAGUGCCAAACUGACCUAUUCACUGGACAGCAACAAGUCUGAAGCAUUCGACGAGAACGACCAAAUCAUUCCCAGAGCCAAUGCCAAUGUGUCAGAGCUAUUCGAGUUGGAUGCCAACACCGGAGAUCUGAGAGUGAUUGGUCGAGUCGAUCGAGAAAUGGUGGCUCGAAUCAAAUUGUUUAUUCGAGUGGAGGAUGUGAAUGCCGUUCGGAACCCUCCUCAAAUUGCCUUCACUUCCCUUCCGAUCAUUAUCAAUGACGUGAAUGACAAUAGUCCCGAAUUCGAGGAUGCCCUUUAUAUAGGAAGCGUGCUUGAAAACAGUCCUCCAGGAACUCCGGUACUCACAGUCAAAGCCACCGACAAGGACGAGAACAAGACGAUCACGUACGCUCUGGAAGGUCCUUCUUCGCUAUCCAACUUUCUCUUUUUGGAUGCAAAUCAUGGUGACAUCCUUGUUAAGCAAGCCAUUGAUCGCGAAUCGGUGGGUUGGUUGAACUUUACCGUUCGUGCGAGUGACUCGGGAUUUCCACCGAGAUCCACGUUUGUGGAUGUGUCGCUCCUGAUCUUGGAUGAAAAUGACAACACCCCAAGUUUCAAGGAUGAAGAAGUCACGCGGAAUCUCACCGUGGCGGAGGACACGCCCCUCGGUACGAUCAUCGCCCGAAUCCAAGCCCACGACGAGGAUUCGGGGGAAUUUGGAAAAGUGACCUACUUCCUCGACAAACGCUCUCCCGCCGGAAGUGCGGGCGGAGGAAAGUUCCGAAUUCAUCCCGACACGGGAGAAAUCAGUGUGGCCGAGGCUUUGGACCGUGAAGAAGAAGACGCCUACAAUCUGAUUGUGCAAGCGUACGACAAUUACCAAUUCGGGUUCACCACCGGUGAUUCAAGACACGCGUUCAUUCAACUCAAGGUUCAUGUCCUCGAUGUCAACGACGAGCGUCCAGUUUUCGAGACUCAAUCCUCCGAGCAAUGUGCUCUCGUCACGGAAUUCCACGAAAUGUCAGAACCUGUCAUGACCAUUCGUGCUUUCGACGGCGAUGAUCCUGAGACGGACAAUGCACGAUUGUCGUUCUCCAUUCAAUCAGGCAACUCCCUGGAUCUCUUUCAUAUUGUGGAAAUGGACCACAUGACAGCCAAGGUAUUCCCUCAACGAUCACUCAAGGGAUUCUAUGGCAAUUAUACCCUGUCCAUUCUGGCCAGAGAUCGGGGCUAUCCGUCCAAUUCGGCGGCGAACAAUUUCCAUAUCUGUGUUCAGGAUUUCAAUGACAACUCGCCUCAGAUCAUCAGUCCUCCAGCCAAUUACACAAUCAGAAUUGCCGAAAAUGCCUCAAUCGGGGCGGAAGUCACGCAAAUUCGAGCCGUUGACACGGAUACUGGAUCCAAUGGAAUGGUCCGGUACCGAAUUCGAAAAGACCCGUUGGGCAAUUUCAAGAGCUUCCAGAUCAAUCCCGAAAACGGACAGAUUGUCCUGGCCAAACCUCUGGAUCGGGAGCGACAGAAGGUGUAUGGAAUUCGGGUGGAGGCGUUCGAUUUAGGAACACCCACCUCGCUUCAGACGGAUCUCGAUAUUGUGAUCUACGUGAAGAAUAUCAACGAUCAUGAGCCUCACUUCCUGGUGGACGAGUUUUCGGUCAAUUUCACGGAGCACAAGCCACCUGGAGCGGAACGCAAUCUGAUUGUUGGAACCGUGGAUCAAGACGACGAAGAUUAUGACUCCGAGCGUCUCGAGGUUUGCUACUUCAUCGUGGGUGGAGAUGGCAUCGAUUUCUUUGAGAUCCUUCCAUUGGAACAUGAGAUUCUCACCACCGUGGAAUUGGACCGCGAAGCUCAAGACUCGUUUUCCCUCGUUGUUAAAGCCACCGAGGAGUGCCUCUAUCCACCGGAACAUUUGAACGCCUCCUUUGACCCUUUGGACGACAGUCUUCUGUCGUUGAACAUUCAAGUCACAGAUAUCGACGAUCAUCCGCCCACAUUUGUGAAGAAAGUUUUCACUGGGGGCAUUUCCACAAAUAUGGACUUUGGCGACGUCUUUGCCACGAUUAAAGCCGUGGAUGCGGAUUUGGGUGGGAACGCCGAAAUAAGAUACUCACUGGAUGGGCAAAUCAUUCCCUCGUCCUCUUCAGAAGGAUUGGAAAAUGUGCGAAAACCACCAUUUCUGGUCAACCCAGACACGGGUGACUUGGUACUGAAUUUCGAUCCUCAGAAAGGCAUGAAAGGCUACUUUGACUUUGGGGUCAGAGCUUACGAUCGUGCUGGACAUGUCGCGAAGGCCAAAGUUCAAAUCUAUCUUUUGAGGGAAGAUCAGAGGGUCAAGUUUGUCAUGAGGAGCCAACCCGCUGAGAUUCGACCCCGGAUCGACCAGUUCCUGAAAGUGGUCUCGGACGUCACCGGGGCAAUUGUGAAUGCAGACGGAUUCAAAGUGCACGAGAACUCGGAUGGAACCGUGGACAAAACCAAAACCGAUGUUCUGCUCCAUUUCGUGAACCCAAGUGACAAUUCAGUGCUAGAAGUGGUCGACGUUCUCCGGCUAAUCGAUUACCGAACCGAGGAACUGGUCAACAUCUUUCGUGAGUUCAAUGUCAUUAACACCGAGGGUGUGGAUCCCAAUUUCGUCCGCUCAGCCGCUCUGGUCCAUCCCAUGAUGUCUUGGGUCAUGGGUCUCUGUGUGUUCCUCACGAUCCUUCUGGUAGUCGUCUUAAUACUCUGCUGUUGUCAACGAGAACGGUACAAUCGGAAACUGAGAGCCGCAACCACUUUGGCAUUGGACGAAUCCUCACCGGAUGCUGUUUUGAAUAAACGAGAACUCGUGCCCAAUACCAACCGACAUGCCAUGGAAGGUUCCAAUCCGGUAUGGAUGACCGGCGUGGGCUAUGAAAACUACGAAUACCCCAAAGAUGCGGACGAUGCCGCCAUGGUGCAGAAAAGAAACAAUUUGAAUCGCAUCCACCUGGACUCGUUGGACGCCAAUGUCCUGAAUGAGAGCCUAGAUUCCAACGCCAUUAUGACCUCCAGUAAAAACCGCAGUCGCGAGGCUGAUCCCGACGACGAUGAUGUGGGAUACGCAGCCUCUCAUUUCAGCAACGGUGGAAGCACAAUUCGAGUAGGGUCAUUCGGCAAAUUGGAGUCCCCUUUGUCGGCCUCGUCGGGACGAGGGUCCGGCAACUCGCGUCGUUUUAGUCACAACGAUCUCAAUAAAGGAGGUCCAGGGGGAGGUAUCUACUCGAAAAACAUGUCCAUAGCGUCGCUGUUCCCCUCCCAAAUGCCACCAAUCGAGAAGCUUCAACCCGCCGAGGGUUACGGGAACACCACUUAUGAUGAAGAUGAUAUUCCCCGCACGGAGUUGUAACUCAACCUAGGACGUGCUAACUUCUUCCAAAUUGCGGCCCAAUCUAGUCAAUGAAAUGCCAUCAAAAAUGUUCAUCCUCAAACACUUAAGGCCUCUCCCCCUCACUCCCUCAGGUGUGAGAGGUCAUAGGUUGCAUUGCCACUGCCAUAACUACUUCUCUUAUAAAUAAAACUAUCAUAUCAAAAGUGUGCAAUAAACGUAU